CUCUGUGUCGCCGCCGUAGCCUUGGCGGUUGGGGGUCGGUGGGGCGGCGCGGGCGGGGGGGCGCUGCGCGGGGCGGCGCGCCUGUUUUGUCUCCUCCUCUGCCUGUGGAGCGGCUCCGGCUGCUAGGGAGGCCCCGGCUCCCUCCGGACGCCCGGCCAACGGCAGUGGCGGCGGCUAGUCCGCGGUCCGCGGCCCUGCUGAGAGGGAAAGGGGCGCCGCGGUCUUCCUGGGCGACGCAGAGAGCAGUUGUUCCGAAGAACUUCUGGUUCAGAUUUUAGCUUUACCCAAGUUGUGAAAAUAGUGAAGGAUGCUUAGACUACUUAACAUACAAAUCGCUGUCUGGUUAAUCAUCUUUCGAAGACUGAAUUUCUGGAUAUCUACUUCACUCCAUGUCUAUUGACUUUUAAAACAUGAUAAAGCAAACUUAUAACACUGGCAACCAUCCAUGAACCUUUAAUUUCAUUGAUUAUAGCAUUUGAAGCUUCCUCAGGGAAUAACCAUGACAUCAGCAGUGGUUGACAGUGGAGGUACUGUUUUGGAGCUUUCCAGCAAUGGAGUAGAAAAUCAAGAGGAAAGUGAAAAGGUUUCUGAAUAUCCAGCAGUGAUUGUGGAGCCAGUUCCAAGUGCCAGAUUAGAGCAGGGCUAUGCAGCCCAGGUUCUGGUUUAUGAUGAUGAGACUUAUAUGAUGCAAGAUGUGGCAGAAGAACAAGAAGUUGAGACCGAGAAUGUGGAAACAGUGGAAGCAUCAGUUCAUAGCAGUAAUGCACACUGUACAGAUAAGACAAUUGAAGCUGCUGAAGCCCUGCUUCAUAUGGAAUCUCCUACCUGCUUGAGGGAUUCAAGAAGUCCUGUGGAAGUGUUUGUUCCUCCUUGUGUAUCAACUCCAGAAUUUAUCCAUGCUGCUAUGAGGCCAGAUGUCAUUACAGAAACUGUAGUGGAGGUGUCAACUGAAGAGUCUGAACCAAUGGAUACCUCUCCUAUUCCUACAUCACCAGAUAGCCAUGAACCAAUGAAAAAGAAAAAAGUUGGCCGUAAACCAAAGACCCAGCAAUCACCAAUUUCCAAUGGGUCUCCUGAGUUAGGUAUAAAGAAGAAACCGAGAGAAGGAAAAGGAAACACAACCUAUUUGUGGGAGUUUCUUUUAGAUCUACUUCAAGAUAAAAAUACUUGUCCCCGGUAUAUUAAAUGGACUCAGAGAGAAAAAGGCAUAUUCAAGCUGGUGGAUUCGAAGGCUGUCUCUAAGCUUUGGGGAAAGCAUAAGAACAAACCGGACAUGAACUAUGAAACCAUGGGACGAGCUUUGAGAUACUACUACCAAAGGGGAAUUCUUGCAAAGGUUGAAGGACAGAGGCUUGUAUAUCAGUUCAAGGAUAUGCCCAAAAACAUAGUGGUCAUAGAUGAUGACAAAAGUGAAACCUGUAAUGAAGAUUUAGCAGGAGCUACUGAUGAAAAGUCAUUAGAACGAGUGUCACUGUCUGCAGAAAGUCUCCUGAAAGCAGCAUCCUCUGUUCGUGGUGGAAAAAAUUCAUCCUCUAUAAACUGCUCCAGAGCAGAGAAGGGUGUAGCCAGAGUUGUGAAUAUCACUUCCUCUGGUCACGAUGCUUCAUCCAGGUCUCCUACUACCACUGCAUCUGUAUCAGCAACAGCAGCUCCAAGGACAGUUCGUGUGGCAAUGCAAGUACCUGUUGUAAUGACAUCAUUGGGUCAGAAAAUUUCAACUGUGGCAGUUCAGUCAGUUAAUGCAGGUGCACCGUUAAUAACCAGCACUAGUCCAACAACAGCAACCUCUCCAAAGGUAGUCAUUCAGACAAUCCCUACUGUGAUGCCAGCUUCUACUGAAAAUGGAGACAAAAUCACCAUGCAGCCUGCCAAAAUUAUUACCAUCCCAGCUACACAGCUUGCACAGUGUCAACUGCAGACAAAGUCAAAUCUAACUGGAUCAGGAAGCAUUAACAUUGUUGGAACCCCAUUGGCUGUGAGAGCACUUACCCCUGUUUCAAUAGCCCAUGGUACACCUGUAAUGAGACUGUCAAUGCCUACUCAGCAGGCAUCUGGCCAGACUCCUCCUCGAGUUAUCAGUGCAGUCAUAAAGGGGCCAGAGGUUAAAUCAGAAGCAGUGGCAAAAAAGCAAGAACAUGAUGUGAAAACUUUGCAGCUGGUGGAAGAAAAACCGGCAGAUGGAAAUAAGACAGUGACCCACGUAGUUGUUGUCAGUGCGCCUUCAGCUAUUGCCCUUCCCGUAACUAUGAAAACAGAAGGACUAGUGACAUGUGAGAAAUAAAAUCGAAGGACUAGUGACAUGUGAGAAAUAAAAUCGCAGCUCCACCGUGGACUUCAGGCUGUUAGUGGCAGUACUGAUGUAAACAUUUGCAAGGGAAGUCACCAAGAAAAGUCAAAGAAGACUUUAAAACAUUUUUAAUGCAUAUAUGAAAACAAUCAGACUUACUGGAAAUAAAUUACCUAUCCCAUGUUUCAGUGGGAAGUGAACUACAUAUUGAGAUGCUGACAGAAAACUGCCUCUUACAGUAGGAAACAACUGAACCCGUCAAUAAGAAAGGAUUGAAAGGGACCAACCAACUCACUACGAUAUCAAGUUACACUAAGACUUGGAACACUAACAUUCUGUAAGAGGUUAUAUAGUUUUCGGUGGGGAGGGGUUGGGAUGGGUGAUCUCAUUGUUACAUAUAGCAAUUUUUGAUGCAUUUCAUAUGCAUACCAGCAAUUAUUACUGUGUUCGCACAGUUCUCACUUAACUGGUGCUAUGUGAAGACUCUGCUAAUAUAGGUAUUUUAGAAUGUGAAUUGAAGAAUGGAUCCAAAAACUUCAGAAAGAGGAUAGCAAAAAAAGAUCUAGUGCGAUUUAUAUAUAUAUAUAUAUAUAUAUAUAUAUAUAUAUAUAUAU